AUACACUCAAGGGGAUCAGAAGUGACAGGCUGUUGCCCCAGCAAAGUCCCACAGAAGCCAACCCUCAUUCGGUGCUUGGGGUUUCCCAGGCUUUCCCCAAGGUAGUUGGUAUUUUGGUAUUUUCCCCUGCUUAAGUGGCCCUUACUGCCGGGGCCAGGCAGGUAAAAAUCUCCAUGUCUGGAAAAAGUGGAACCUGGGGCAAGCUGCAAGCUAAGAAUAAGGAGCUUGGCAGGAAAGACGCUAAGAGUCUAACAGGAAGUGGAAGGGUGGACUUGGAGGGGGAAUUGAAACCAAGAAAAGGAAAUAGCCCUAGCUGCUGCCUCAGCCUUCUUGAGGGGAGCUGAUACUUGGAGUUGGUUGCCGUUAAGUUACCCUCAUUUGGAGUAGUACUGAUGAGUGCUCGACCGGAACCUGGGUCUAUUCUGGUGGCGAUUUUGAGUUCAAGCAAUGCUGCCCCCUACUGGGGGUUGCUAAAAGCACUGCCGUUUGUGUGGGAAGGGGGUGUUGGUUCUUUUUGGUUUUGGGUUGGUUGGUUUGGUUGGUUGGUUCGUUGGUUGGUUGGUUGGUUGGUUGGUUGGUUGGUUUUGAGACAGAGUCUCACUCUUCGCCCAGGCUGGAGUGCAGUGGUGCGAUCUUGGCUCACUGCAACCUCCGCUUCCCGGGUUCAAGCAAUUAUCCUGCCUCAGCCUCCGGAGUACCUGGGACCACAGGCGUGCACCGCCACACCCAGCUAAUUUUGUAUUUUUAGUAGAGGCGGGGUUUUUCCAUAUUGGCCAGGCUGGUCUCGAACUCCUGACAGGUGAUCCACCCACCUUGGCCUCCCAAAGUGCUGGGAAUACAGGCGUGAGCCACUGUGCCCAGCCCACCCUACCCUUUUUUUUUUUUUUUUUUUUUUAACAGAUGAGCGAAUUAAAAGGUUAGGCGGUUUUUUUUGUUUUGUUUUGUUUUUUAAAUUGGAGACGGAGUCUUGCUCUGUUGUGCAGUGGCGCAAUCUCGGCUCACGGCAACCUCCACCUCUUGGAUUCAAGCGAUUCUCCUGCCUCAGCCUCCUGAGCAGCUAGGAUUACAGGUGCCCACCACCACACCUGGCUAAUUUUCGUAUUUUUAGUAGAGAUGGGGUUUCACCAUGUUGGCCAGACUGCUCUCAAACUCCUGACCUCAGGUGAUCUGUCCACCUCGGCCUCCCAAAGUGCUGGGAUUACAAGGAUGAACCACCGUGCCUGGCUCUGAUUUUUUUUAAUCAUCUUUAUUUUGAGGCAGGGUCUCACUCUGUCGCCCAGGCUGCAGUGCAGUGGUGCCAUGAAGGCUCACGGCAGCCUCGACCUCCUGGACUCGAGCAAUCUUCCCACCUCAGCCUCCUGAGUAGCUGGAACCACACAACAUGUACCACUGUGCCCAGCUAAUCUUUAUUUUUUGUAGAGACGGAGUCUCACCACGUUGCCCAGGCCUCAGCCUCUUAAAGUGCUAGGAUUACAGGCAUUGAGUGUGAAGUGUUGAACAGCAGCUCAGGGAGGCCAACCAGGGUCCAGCAAACCCCGUCCCUGCUGCCUCCAUUGGUCCAGAGCUGGUACCCGCAGCCAGCAUGACACUCACCCAGUCCCAGACAUUGUGGGUCAACAGAGAGAAAUUCAGAUAGCUAAGAGAAUGGAAGCGGACAAAGGAGGCACAGGAGGAUUCCGUGCCAGAGUCUGGAUUGGUCACCCCCAUUCAGGCUCUGCCUGAGGAAAGGAGAAUGGGGUCCGGGCACAGUCAGCUGGAUGGAGCGUCUGAAGACGGCUUGCACCAGAGCCCUCCAUGGCUGAAGGGAGAAGCUAGGGGGCCCCAGGCUGAACCCUCCCAGAGCCUGUGACUUCUGCCCGACCAGAUCUCGUGGUUCUGAGGACCGGCCCUGGAACCCUGCGUCCUUCCGACCCACCAGCUCCCUCGAGGAUGGAUUUGAGGCUGGAUGCUUUCCUCUUCCCACUUUUUGUCCCAACAGAAGUCCCUCCUCUCCAGGAUCCCUGACUGGCUGUGCAGAGCUGGCACAGCCACACUCCACGGGCUUCCAGCCCUUCAGGCCCAGCUCUCCCGGAGAGCACCAAAGUCCCUUUGCUCCAUUUACUUGCACUCUUCGGCCAGCAAGUGUUUCCUAAUGUCUCACCCCCAGUCCCAGCUUUCCUGCUGCAAUUUCUGCCUGUUCCCUCCCAUUUCAGGCCUUAAGGGAGUGUGGCUGGGCUUCUCUCCUCCCCCUCACUCCAAAGCCGCACUUGAUACAAGGUGGAAAUCAAGGCACCACUUCUGGCUUCCCAGCCUUGAACUUGCCCUUCCCUCUCAAUGUACCUGGUUUCCUCAGCUUCCCUGUGCAGCAACAGUGUCACUCCCCUCUUGCUUUUCCCAAGCUCCCCAUGUGCCCCUCUCAGCAGAUCUGUCUUAGAGGGGCCAGGUGCAGAGAAAGGCAGAAAUCCUAAUAAUGUUCCCAGCGAUCGCUGCCUGUCGCGGAGUGCUGAAGGGCCAAGUGUUGAUCUGAGUCCUCAUCACACGGGACUUCAUUUAGUCUCACAAUAGGCAUGCCGGCUGCCGCUCCAGGACUCCCCUGUCCCCAGGACCAAGAUGACGCCCAACAGCACUGGCGAGGUGCCCAGCCCCAUUCCCAAGGGGGCUUUGGGGCUCUCCCUGGCCCUGGCAAGCCUCAUCAUCACCGCGAACCUGCUCCUAGCCCUGGGCAUCGCCUGGGACCGCCGCCUGCGCAGCCCACCUGCUGGCUGCUUCUUCCUGAGCCUACUGCUGGCUGGGCUGCUCACGGGUCUGGCAUUGCCCACGUUGCCAGGGCUGUGGAACCGGAGUCGCCGGGGUUACUGGUCCUGCCUCCUCGUCUACUUGGCUCCCAACUUCUCCUUCCUCUCCCUGCUUGCCAACCUCUUGCUGGUGCACGGGGAGCGCUACAUGGCAGUCCUGAGGCCACUCCAGCCACCUGGGAGCAUUCGGCUGGCCCUGCUCCUCACCUGGGCUGGUCCCCUGCUCUUUGCCAGUCUGCCCGCUCUGGGGUGGAACCACUGGACCCCUGGUGCCAACUGCAGCUCCCAGGCUAUCUUCCCAGCCCCCUACCUGUACCUCGAAGUCUAUGGGCUCCUGCUGCCCGCCGUGGGUGCUGCUGCCUUCCUCUCUGUCCGCGUGCUGGCCACUGCCCACCGCCAGCUGCAGGACAUCUGCCGGCUGGAGCGGGCAGUGUGCCGCGAUGAGCCCUCCGCCCUGGCCCGGGCCCUUACCUGGAGGCAGGCAAGGGCGCAGGCUGGAGCCAUGCUGCUCUUCGGGCUGUGCUGGGGGCCCUACGUGGCCACACUGCUCCUCUCAGUCCUGGCCUAUGAGCAGCGCCCGCCACUGGGGCCUGGGACACUGUUGUCCCUCCUCUCCCUGGGAAGUGCCAGUGCAGCGGCAGUGCCCGUGGCCAUGGGGCUGGGCGAUCAGCGCUACACAGCCCCCUGGAGGGCAGCCGCCCAAAGGUGCCUGCAGGGGCUGUGGGGAAGAGCCUCCCGGGACAGUCCCGGCCCCAGCAUUGCCUACCACCCAAGCAGCCAAAGCAGUGUCGACCUGGACUUGAACUAAAGGAAGAGCCUCUGCUGACUCCUACCAGAGCAUCCGUCCAGCUCAGCCAUCCAGCCUGUCUCUACUGGGCCCCACUUCUCUGGAUCAGAGACCCUGCCUCUGACCCCGCACUGACUGAAUAAAGCUCCUCUGGCCGUUUA